CGGAAGUGGUCAGAGCAGUAUGGCGGCUGCACAGUGAGGAGCGGACAUGUGUUGGACUGCAGCUUGGAAUUUGAGAGCCUCGACACUCGAUUAUGGAAAACUACAAGAAGGUGAGGGUGGAAGACAAACCCAUGGAGAUGCCUUUUGCUGCCCUUCCCCCAGAUAUUAUCGAGAUGAAGGUAAAAGAUGGCAGCAAGAUCCGGAACCUGAUGAGUUUUGCUAUAGGCAAGAUGGAGAGUGAGAGUGUGCGGCAGAUAUUGUUUAGUGGUACUGGGAAAGCCCUCAGCAAGACUAUAACCUGCGUGGAGAUCAUGAAACGAAGGGUGAAGGAUCUUCACCAGAUCACAAAGAUUCUUUAUAGACCAACUGAAGAGAUCUGGGAGCCAAUUGUGCCUGAGGUGGGGUUAGAUCCCCUCACUGUGAAAAGGAACAGUCCCUCGAUCUGUGUUCUUCUCAGUAAGGACCCUUUAGAUACCACAGAGCCAGGGUACCAAGCUCCAGGCGACUAUGACUCCAUGUGGAUCCAGGAGCUUAAAGUGGAGUCUAAAGGGCCAAAGAGGAGGAAACCAGGGUUGGGUCGAGGAGCAUCAAUUGGAAGAAAACAGCCGAGACCUCCUGGAGGACGUGGAGAGACCCCCAAGAAGGCAUAGACUGACCUGAGCUAUCAACGGAGGAUCAGUGCAGGACCUUCCUGUCUACAGUCAUCAUUAAAGGGGUUGACCCAUCUCACACACCGGUGACAUAUCGCUAGGAUAUGCCACCAAUCUCAGAUAUUUCUAGAACGGGGCCCGCAAAGUAAAUGAGGUCACACCGCACAAACCUGGCCACCCGCCAUUCACUUAUAUGGAAGUGACGAAAAUAGCCAAGAGGUGGCUCUCCCUUCACUCCUAUGGGAGUUCUGGAAAUAGACGGGCAAACUUGCUCCCCUCUUUUUGAAGCUCUCACAGAAGUGGAUAGCAUUCAGUGUGCGUUUGCCUUCGAUUUGGGGGCCCUGUUCUAGAGAUAGGUGGCAUAUCCUAGUGAUAUGCCACCAAUGUGUGAGAUGGGCCAACCCCUUUAAGGACAUAUGCUUCAAUGAUCUGUGCCCAAAGGUUCAGUGGUCAAGAUGACCUGCAAUCCUAAAUUAUUUUAAAGGGGUUGUCCCCAAUAAUUGAUCGCUAGAACAAGGCCGUGUUCCUUGUUUGCAUGGAGUGGGAGACGCACAGCUCUAUGUUGCUGAAUGGAGCGGCAGGACGCUUCAUUCAAAGUGGGGCCCACAGGCCCCCAUUCUUGUGACUGGUGGGCCCCAGCAAUCAGACCACCGUCAGUCAGACCUUCUCCUUUAAAUUGUGAAAAAGGAGAUAACAUGUAAUGGUGCAAACCCCCUUCAAUGGAAGCUGAAGAUUUCCUGACCGGUUAUAAAAUGUUGUUGCCAAUGUUCUGUUCUGUGUGGUUCUUGGUUGGGAUAAGACGAGGAGUGAUCGGCGUUAGAAGCCGACGCUCCUUCCCUAAUAAAUGUGAGUACGUUUGCAGCAGCCAUUGCUGAUAUGUCUGUUCUCAUCAAGACUCCUUGGUUGAGUCACUUCUUGCAGGGAAGAGUAAAGAUGGCUGCUCCUUCUCAGACUCCAGCCGCUGAUUGACAGGCUUCUCACUAUUACUGUGCAUACCGAAAAAC